AUGACAGCCAGCGCCCGCCCUGUGGGUUCAUUGAAGCCAGCGCCAGCGGCCAUGGCGUCGCGCAUCGGGCUGCGCAUGCAGCUCAUGCGGGAGCAGGCGCAGCAGGAGGAGCAGCGGGAGCGCAUGCAGCAGCAGGCCGUCAUGCACUACAUGCAGCAGCAGCAGCAGCAGCAGCAGCAGCUGGGGGGGCCGCCCACCCCGGCCAUCAGCACCCCCGCCCACUUCCAGUCUCCACCCCCUGUGCCCGGGGAGGUGCUGAAGGUGCAGUCCUACCUGGAGAACCCCACCUCCUACCACCUGCAGCAGUCCCGGGACCAGAAGGUGCGGGAGUACCUGUCGGAGACCUACGGGAACAAGUUUGCUGCCCACAUCAGCCCCGCCCAGGGCUCCCCGAAGCCCCUGCCCGCCGCCUCCCCGGGGGUGCGGGCUGGCCACGUGGUGUCCUCCUCAGCAGGCAACAGUGCCCCCAACAGCCCCAUGGCCAUGCUGCACAUCGGCUCCAACCCCGAGCGGGAGUUUGACGUCAUCGACAACAUUAUGUGUCUGGACGACGUCCUGGGCUUCAUCAAUCCUGAGUCUCAGAUGCCCAAUACGCUGCCGCUGUCCAGCAGCCACCUGAACGUGUACAGUGGAGACCCUCAGGUCACAGCCUCCCUGGUGGGGGUCACCAGCAGCUCCUGCCCAGCCGACCUGACCCAGAAGCGUGAGCUUACAGACGCUGAGAGCCGGGCCCUGGCCAAGGAGCGGCAGAAGAAGGACAAUCACAACCUAAUCGAAAGGAGACGGAGGUUCAACAUUAACGACCGCAUCAAGGAGUUGGGAAUGCUGAUCCCCAAGGCCAAUGACCUGGAUGUGCGCUGGAACAAGGGCACCAUCCUCAAGGCCUCUGUGGAUUACAUCCGGAGGAUGCAGAAGGACCUGCAGAAGUCCCGGGAGCUGGAGAACCACUCUCGGCGCCUGGAGAUGACCAACAAGCAGCUCUGGCUGCGGAUCCAGGAGCUGGAGAUGCAGGCUCGAGUGCACGGCCUCCCCACCACCUCCCCGUCCGGCAUGAACAUGGCCGAGCUGGCCCAGCAGGUGGUCAAGCAGGAGCUGCCUGGCGAGGAGGGCCAAGGGGAGGCCCUGCUGCUGAGGGCCGAGGUCCCCGACCCCGAGUCACUGCCGACUCUGCCCCCCCAGGCCCCGCUGCCCCCGCCAGCCCAGCAGCCCCAGCCACCGUCCCCGUUCCACCACCUGGACUUGAGCCACAGCCUGAGCUUUGGGGGUGGGGGCGACGAAGGGCCCCCAGGCUACCCGGAGCCCAUGGGGCAAGAGCACGGCUCCCUGUUCCCCAACCUGUCCAAGAAGGACCUGGACCUCAUGCUCCUGGACAACUCACUGCUGCCGCUGGCCUCCGACCCCCUCUUCUCCACCAUGUCCCCCGAGGCCUCCAAGGCCAGCAGCCGCCGAAGCAGCUUCAGCAUGGAGGAGGGCGACGUGCUGUGA